GAGUGGAAACAUUUUAUGACGAGGAAGGGGGUGUCAAAGGAAGACCUCGUGGAAGCCCCUAAGGUGCACUGGCAGCGCAUCCGAACCCAGCAGGCUUGGCGCGCACAGGAGGAGGCGCUAAAGGAAUACGGGGUGGACACCUUUGGGGCCCUGUCGGUGAGGCAGCAGUGGUUGUCGAAAGGACCGUUGCUGUUAUGGGGCAUUCGUACUGAGGAGCGUUGUCCCGGCCAUGCAAAAGGAGCCGAAGGGUGCGAAGACUUGCCAACGGCGCACUCAGCACCGAGAAGAGAGCACCUCAGAGACUCAUUCGCCCCCGACACGCAGGUCAUGGCGAGACUUUUGUGGAAGAACUUGACGCCCUGGUUACAAGAGGACGUGCGCAAAGCGCUCGAACGGCCCGACCUAGACGUUUUCAGACGAAAGCCGUUCGUGGGGCUUCACGUCCGAAGGGGGGACAAGGUUGGGGAGGGCGAGGCGCAAAAAGUGGAGACUAAGGAGUAUCUGUCUGCGGCCGCGAGAUUCUUCGACAAUAAAGCAUCUCAAGACAAACAAGACAUCGAAGCCAUUUGGGUGGCGUCUGACGACCACAAGGUCGUCGAAGAGGUCCGCGCCAUUGCUCGACAAUACUUCCCUAACGUCUUGGACGAGGACAUCGUGUGGGUAUCUGGUGGGGCUCGUGGGGGCGCCGUGACUACGCACACAAAGUCUCAGGGCUACCAAGGGUUUGUGAUGGUGUUCGCCGACCUGAAGAUGUUGGCGGCCGGCAGCUUGUUUGUUGGCACGUACACGUCGAACGUGUCGAGACUUGUAGCGCUGCUGAGGGAAGGCAUCCACGGACACGCCAGGGACUCGUGCAUCAGCCUCGACAAAACUGAGUUCGGGCUGCAGUAUUGAGCAGCAGCAAACGCGCUACCCUGAACACUUUUUUGGAAGAACUCUUCCUUUCGGAGAUGUUUUGAUAGCUCGGCGGU